AUGACUUCAGACCUCCAUCUGAGAUCUCACAGUAUGAAGAGAUCAAAAGAUCCAUCUAAACCCGAGGAGUCUUCUUUACCUGAUGGAGGUCACACAGGAGAGAGUUCAUUGUCAUCUUUAGAUCGUGAGAAAUCUCACCCUAAAAAUAGAGCACCAUCUAAACAGCAUCAAAGGUCCCCAGAGUGCGGAAAAUGUUUCAGUCAGAAGGCCAGCCUUCUAAGACAUCACAGAGGCCACACUGGUGAACGUCCCUAUCGAUGCACAGAGUGUGGAAAAAGUUUUCCUGAGAAAAAAGUACUCCAAAGACACCAAAGAAUCCACACAGGGGAACUUCCUUAUUCAUGUCCAGAAUGCGAGAAAUGUUUUGUUGAUAGACGAGACCUUAUUAAACACCAGAGAACUCACACAAGUGAACAUCCUUUUUCAUGUUCAUAUUGUGGGAAAUGUUUCAUUGAGAAAAAAAAAUUGGUUGCACACCAGAAAAUUCACACCGGUGAUAAACCUUACCCAUGCCCAGAGUGCGGGAAAUCUUUCACUGUCAAAGGAAACCUUCUUAGACACCAGAAAAUUCACACUGAUGAACGGCCCUUCUCAUGUUUACAGUGUGGGAAAUGUUUCAAUCAAGAAGGAGACUUUCUUAACCACCAGAGAAGAAGUCACACAGGUGAACGUCCUUUUUUAUGUUUGGAGUGUGGGAAAGGCUUUACUCACAAAGGAAAUCUUGUUACACACCAGCGAAUUCACACGGGUGAGCGUCCUUAUUCAUGCUCGGAGUGUGGAAAAUGUUUCAAUGAGAAAAAUGUACUCGUCAGACACCAAAGAAUUCACACAGGGGAGCGUCCUUAUUUAUGUACAGAAUGUGGGAAAAGUUUUGUUGAUAGAGGAGCCCUUGUUAAACACCAGAGAACUCACACAGGGGAGCGUCCUUUUUCAUGUUCAGAAUGUGGGAAAUGU